GUGGCCGUGCGCUGGGAGGACGCCUACAGCGGCGGCGCCCCCACCUCCGCCGACAGCGCCGUCGCCAUCGCCAACAAGGAGGUGCGGUAUGGGCCAUUCGGAUCGCCCCCACCGCCCCCGCCGCCCCCGAUGCCGCCUCCGUUGCCACCGCCUCCGCAGCUCCUUGGCCGUGCGCACUCACGGUCCAUGUCUUCGUUACCCCCCGAACCUUUCAUGAUUAUGCGGUCGAAGGCGCUGAACCGGAGGGUGUGCAUCAACGUGGGCGGCGUGAAGCACGAGGUCCUGUGGCGGACGCUGGAGCGCUUGCCGCACACGCGCCUCGGCCGCCUGCGCGACUGCAACACGCACGAGGCCAUCUCCGAGCUCUGCGACGACUACUCGCUCGUCGACAACGAGUACUUCUUCGACCGCCACCCCAAGUCCUUCAGCUCCAUCCUCAACUUCUACCGCACGGGGAAGCUGCAUCUCGUCGACGAGAUGUGCGUCCUGGCGUUCAGCGACGACCUAGAGUACUGGGGCGUCGACGAGCUGUACCUCGAGUCGUGCUGCCAGCACAAGUACCACCAGCGGAAGGAGCACGUGCACGAGGAGAUGCGGAAGGAGGCCGAGUCGCUGCGGCAGCGCGAGGAGGAGGAGUUCGGUGAGGGCAAGUGCGCGCAGUACCAGAAGUUCCUGUGGGACCUGCUCGAGAAGCCCACCACGUCCAUCGCCGCCAGGGUGAUAGCCGUCAUCUCGAUCCUGUUCAUAGUGCUGUCUACGAUCGCGCUGACUCUCAACACCAUCCCCAGUCUGCAGCACAAUGACGAGAAGGGCAACUUCGACAAUCCGCAGCUCGCGAUGGUCGAAGCUGUCUGCAUCACGUGGUUCACCCUGGAGUACGUGCUACGCUUUAGCGCGUCCCCAAACAAGUGGAAAUUUUUCAAGGGCGGUCUCAACAUCAUAGACCUGCUCGCUAUCCUCCCGUAUUUCGUUUCCCUCUUCCUGCUCGAGACCAAUAAGAACGCGAACGACCAGUUCCAAGACGUGCGCCGCGUGGUCCAAAUCUUCAGGAUCAUGCGCAUCUUGCGCAUCCUCAAGCUGGCGCGCCACUCGACGGGGCUCCAGAGCCUCGGCUUCACGCUCCGCAACUCGUACAAGGAGCUGGGCCUGCUUAUGCUCUUCCUCGCCAUGGGCGUCCUCAUAUUCUCCAGUCUGGCGUACUUCGCCGAGAAAGAGGAGCCCGGCACCAAAUUCAUCAGCAUUCCCGAAACUUUCUGGUGGGCGGGCAUCACAAUGACGACCGUGGGCUACGGCGACAUCUACCCCACCACCCCGCUCGGGAAAGUGAUAGGAAGUGUCUGUUGCAUUUGUGGGGUACUGGUGAUCGCGUUGCCCAUUCCCAUCAUUGUCAACAACUUCGCCGAGUUCUACAAGAACCAGAUGCGGCGCGAGAAGGCCCUGAAGCGGCGGGAGGCGCUCGAGAGGGCCAAGCGAGAGGGCAGCAUCGUCUCCUUCCACCACAUCAACCUGCGCGACGCCUUCGCCAAGAGCAUGGACCUCAUCGACGUCAUCGUGGACACGGGUGACAAGUCCGCCCUGAUCUCCAGAGGAUUCGGGUUCGACACUGGCUCUCCCACAGAACUGGGCCGGUAGCUUGCGGCGCCCUCGCCUCCCGUCCGCUUCACACGGCGCCUAGAGCACCAAGGCCACAACAUGUCGCAGGCGGACGGCAACAGCACGGGAGGCGACAGCGCCAGCGGCGGCGGCGGCGGCGGCGGGGGCAGCCGCGGCCCGCAGGCGACCGGAUG